AAUGGCUCUGGCAGCAGUAGCAGAUGGCUUCAGUAGCAACAGCAAAUCGCUCUAGCAGCAGCAACAGAGCAGAUGGAUCUAGUAACAACAGAGCAGAUGCAUCCAGCGGUAGCAGAGCAGAUGGCUUCGACAAUUGGAUUCGGCAGCAGCAAAGUAGAUGGAUCCGGUAGCAGCAAAGCAGAUGCAUCCAGCAGCAGCAAAGCAGAUGGCUUUGGCAGCAGCAAAGAAGAUGGCUUCGACAGCAGCAAAGAAGAUGGAUUCGGUAGCAGCAACAGCAACAGAGAAGAUGGAUUCAGCGACAACAGCAGCAGAGGAGAUGGAUUUGGCAACAAAGCAUAUGUCUUCGACAACAGCAGCAGAGCAGAUGGAUCCGGCAACAGCAGAGUAGAUGGCUUCAGCAGCAAUAGAGGAGAUGAAUUCGACAGCAAGCUUAGACAGUAGCUACAACAGAGGAAACUGAGAAGGUGAGAUGAAAGUGAGAGAUGGGUGAGCCGCAGGAGAAAGUCUGCUGUAUCCCCGGGAUACAGCAGACGUGGUAUCUCAACCCAAUGGGAAAACACCACAUCAGUUGUUUUUUGGGUUUGGGAUUGAUGAAGUCUGAAAAAAUUGUUGAUGUGGUGUUUUCCCAUUGGGUUGGGAUACCACGUUGCUGUAUCCCGGGGAUACAGCAGACUU